AUCAAAAUAAUGUGUCUUUAAACGCUAACUAAUCAUGGCUACACAUAGAAUACUGAUCGCUGUUCUCYUUUUAUUGAACUGGACUUUUGAUCUUUCGCAAGCUCAACUAACAACUCGUUUCUAUAAACCUUGCUUUGAAGAAGAUAAGGAAAGGGAAUUGAAUUUCUGUUCCGAUCCAGAAAAUGACUGCACAGUCGAUGAAUUAAUAAGAAAUAGCAAGAAACCGAAACUUGUUCGAUUAGAUGGAGUUCAGAAAGACCAUGUCCAGGAAGUAGACUUGGGUGGAGAUAGGAAGUUUAAGCUGAUAACAAAGGCAAUGAAACCGCUUAUGUUUGAAAUUCCUAAUUUUCUCACUGAAGAAGAAUGUGAUCAUAUCAUCAAAUUAGCCAAAGAUGCAGGACUACGCACAAGUAUUGCUGGUUUUAAUCAAAGUGUGUACGAAGGAGACUUGAAACUGGAACUAGACAAAGUGGCUUCACUUGAAGUUUCAAAGCAAUGGAAAUUUGCUGAAAGUUUCGCAACAUGGGACACAAAUUAUGACGGCAAAAUCGAAAAACAAGAGAUAGUAAAUUUCUCAGCAAGACAUAAGUUACUUUUCAUUAUGGAUGACGACAUUGUAAAAAUGUUUCAACAACUGCAAUUUGAUGGAUAUGAUGAUGGUACUAUUACACGGGAUGAGUUCGAACAUCUCAACAUCAACAAGCUGGUGGUGUAUUUGGACUACCUGAAGAAUAAGCAUCCUAGAUACAGAGCACGAUUCAGUGAGCAAGCAUGGCUCCCACAAAAUACCAAGUCCGAUCCCGCCCUCCGCCAGCUACACGAGAGAGUCAUCAAACUCACAAAACUACCACGUAAACUUAUCCAAGGUGGAGAAGCCUUGCAGGUUGUACGAUACGGCCAUGAUGGUCACUAUCAUGUCCACUAUGAUUCCAUGCCGUUCCUUGAUGAACGGACGAAGGCUUUACCAUGCUGUCAUCACGCUGUACCUCGUCCUAAUGGCUGCAGACUAUGUCGAUUCAUAACCAUCUUGUAUUAUCUUAAUAAAGUGGAGCAAGGUGGGGAAACUGCCUUUCUUGUUGCUGAUAACGUUACUUUUCACCAUGAGGAAUUAACAAAGCCAAACUCAAAACGCCCAGACGAUAGCUUCAACCUGAGUGUCAACUGUAAGCGCGCCAACCUUGUAGUACCACCAAAGAAAGGAACAGCAAUUAUGUGGUAUAAUCACUUUAUCGAUGACGAAUCAGGCUUACUGGGGGCCUUAGACGCAUACUCCCUCCAUGGCGGAUGUGACGUAAUUAAGGGUGAAAAAUGGAUUGCAAAUAAUUGGCUGACGGCGCCUCCUCCUGGACGAGAACAUUUACAAAGUGUUUACGACAUCGACUUCUAAAUAAACUGCAGAUAUMGCAGGCAGAUGACUGCUGGAGAACUGACAAUAGUGUAGGGUACAUUGAAGCAAGCUAGAACUAAAAACUGMAGCCUAACAAGCUGAAACCUUUGGGAAACAGCCUAUCAUAGGAUGGGCAGUACCUAUCGCUUGCUAGUAAAUCUAUUGAAGGUAGACAGCAUGUAUAUAAACUGGUCAUGCUAAUGUCCACUCGACAUAGUGACAUAGUAAACUGUCUAGCGCUCCUGUCGACGAGAAACUACAUUUAUAUCCUGAUAAUGAAUGGAUAGCAAUAAAAAGUAUUCAGCUUUUCAACA